AUGAAGAUUAUCCGUUGGGCUGUCCAGCCGUACUGGGCUUCCUUCGUGACUUGGGCUCCUGAGUGGAAAAAGUUGGUGGUCUGCCCCCUGCUCAGGAUGUUGAGAGAUGGGAGUAGAAUGGUUGCUGCCAAAUCUUCAAGAGGUGAAGCUACUCCUUCGAACGCAAAGAAUGGAUCUCCAUCGAGGAAGAAGCCAAGGCUCCCUUUUGCUGAGAAGACUCAAGUGGGGUCUGCUCCACCAUCAUCUGCCAGGGUCAAGCAUCUCGUGGGUGCAGAUAGCACGAAGGUUGGUGGUAUGCGCGGUGCUCGAGGUGUUCUGCCCGAGCCUCCUGCUGACACGCUCGAAAACCAUGAUAUGCUUCGUGAAGCAGCUCGUACCCGGCCUAGUUCUGCCGAGCAUCAAAGAGAUGUAGACAUUCCUCCUCGAAGUUCGAGUCGUCUGCAUCGGUCAAGAGAUGGAGAUCGAAGUGGGAAGUCUGCUCACAAUCUAGUUGUUGAGUCACGAGCAGUCAAGCGUGGAGUUGAUUCAGUAUCAUUGACUCAUUUGGAGAUGAGGUUGGCGGAGGCUAAGAAGACUAGAGAGUCAUCUGCCCGGGCGAAGGGAUCUUCAGUGUCGGCAUUUGAUCCCAAGGUGAACAAGUCCAGCCUUGCAGGGGAUGCAUGCGUGUCUGACCUACUCGAGACGAACUUUCUAUCAAACCCGUCCUCUUGUGCUGAGUUGGUCGAUCACAUCUGUCAGGCUGGCGAUCUCGGCACCUUCUUAAGUCUUUCCUUGGAAAAACAAAGGGAAGCAACAUUUCAUCUGCUUAAAAAAUGA